GCCAUACGUCCGAGUUCGUGAAAAUUCGUUUAUCAGACUUUCCCGGCUUUCCGUCUUCCGCAGUUUGUUGUGCGCUCGCAACCGAAGCUCUGUUCCGAACACUUCCUCCGCUUUGUACCUUCCUGCACUGGCUCUUUCAUUCUUCGCUGCGUAGACGGAACUUUCAAGCAGAACCUUCAUAUCUCAACACCUAGACAACACUGGAUAUGCGAUCUGGCUGGACAUUACUUGAUCAUUAAAGGCUUGUUCGAGUUACUGUACGGACCGACCGAAAACCAUUCCAGUGAACGCUAUUUCCUUCAAUUCUCAACUUUCUGAACGUCUUCAAGAAGCAACAAUUGUGGACUGAGGUACCCUGAGGAGUUUGGCAUAAAUCAAAACAGUUUCAUGAAACAGAAGAACGAACAGCAGAACUGAAGGAUUCAAAUUUGUGCAAAUCACGUUGGAACUAUUUUUCCAUCUGAAAUCUAUCAGGACAAAAUGUUCGUGGAACAAUCGUCAUUGGAGUAUCAAAGCAAACUAUGAACACAACAAGAGAAUAUAUUUUGAGUACAAUUAUUUGAGUGAACCAAGGGAACAUUUGUAGAAAUGGCUGAUUACGAGAGGACCAGACUUGUCGUUUUAGGAGGAGCAGGUGUAGGAAAAAGUUGUAUAGUGAAGAGAUUCUUAGAUAAUACAUACUCUGAUAAAUAUCGUAGCACAAUAGAGGACCUAUAUAGCAAAGAAUUCGAUUUAGGACAUAUGUCUCUCAAGGUCGACAUACUCGAUACGUCAGGUGAAAUGGAAUUUCCAGCUAUGCGUCGACUAUGCAUUGCUACAUCUCACGCCUUCCUCCUAGUAUAUGCUGUGACUUCAGCUCCGUCCUUCCAGUCCAUUAAGCAGUGCUUCGAAGAAAUCAGGGAACAAAGAGGUGACUUCCAAGAAAUUCCGAUAGUAGUAGCUGGGAACAAACUGGACUUGACUUCAACCCACAGAGAGGUUAGGAUAGAAGAUGUCUCUGAAUGGGUCUAUUGUGAGCUUCCCAAGUUAAGAGUGAAGGUGCUCGAAUGUUCAGCCAAGGACGACAUCAACAUCCGGGAAGUUUUCAGAUCCUUCCUGAAUCUAUCCAGGAUAUUCCCGAAGGACGCCGAGGACCAGAGCUCCGGACUGAAGAGGACUUCCAGUGCCUACAUGCACAAGGGCGGUAAAAAGGCCGGCAGUCCGUCUUUGGACCGAUCCAAACCGGAGGGUUCGGAAAAUGGCAGCUUUUCGAAGCCGAGAUCGAGAUCUCUGAUCAGAAGGACGAGCAGGAAAGCCAAACAGCAACUUAGGGACGCAAGAAAUGGUUGCGACGAUUGUAUCGUGUCAUAAAAGUAUCUCUCUUACGUGUUUAUUACUUGUAAGUUGUUUAACUGAAUAUGAUUGUGAAAAUCCAUACCUUAACACA